AGCAUUGUUCAUGUGUCGUCCGAGGAACAAAGUUCUGUGCAAAGUUGAAUUGAGACACUUGAACAUUUUGUCACUCAACUCUGAAUCAGAUCGUUGAGAUUUUUGCAUUCCAUGUUCAACAGUUAAAUAAAUGUGAAAUAGUCUCUCAGAAAAAGUGAAAUCUGUGAAAUCUUAAGUAAGAAAUUUUUCUAGUAUAAUCUGUGUAUAAGUGAUAAGAAACGACACAUAUCACGUAACACCAGCUGGAAUGGCUUUAUCAAGUGAAGAAAUCAUUGUGGAUAUCCCAAAAUUAGGUUCACUAAGAGGUUCGAAAACAACAAGUGCUUGGACUGGGAGAAAGAUCUACCAAUUUCUAGGAGUUAAAUAUGCAGAGGCUCCAAUUGGUUCACUUAGAUUUAAGAAACCUGUACCAAUUGCACCAUGGACAGGUAUCAAAGAUGCCACAAAGUACGGAAAAACAUUUCCAAAUCCCUCAAACUAUAAAGAUAUUCCUGAGGAGGAGAAGUUCUCCCCAGAUUGGGAAGACUGUAUCAGUCUAUGCGUAUACUCAACUAACUUAUCAGCAUCUCAACCUGUGAUGGUCUACAUUCAUGGAGGUGGAUUCUAUGAAGGAGGUUCACCAUUUCACCCACCCAAUUAUCUCCUUGAAAAAGACGUAAUUCUAGUAGUACCGCAGUAUCGUUUAGGUGCUCUAGGCUUCCUCUCAACGAUGACCGAUACCAUACCCGGAAAUGCUGGAAUUUUCGAUGUCAUCCUCGCCCUUGAAUGGGUACAAAAACACAUUCGGUACUUUGGUGGAGACCCAAAUAACGUUACAGCUUUCGGGCAAUCUUCUGGAUCUGGAAUAGUAUCACAUUUAAUCAUAAGUCCCCUAGUCCCAGAUAAUCUCUUUCAUCGUGUUAUCGUUCAAUCCGGUAGUUCCUUUGGUACUUGGGCUACACAUGUUGAUCCUGUGACUGAUGCAAGAAAUAUUGCAAUAGCUUCAGGAAAAUGCACUGAGUCAUCGACAAUUCAGGACAUUGAACAUUGUCUCCUUGAAAUGAAUGUUAAAACAUUAUUGCAAUGUACAAAGGAUACACGUAUACGACCCGUCGUAGGUGGACCUUCAGGGUUCCUCAACAAGUCCCCGAAUGACUUUUUUCUAAAAAGUCAAUGUCGCAAGGGACUAUCUGUAAUGACUGGUGCUACAAAACACGACGGAGGACAUCCACUCACGGCCUUUUACGAUCGUUUUAAAGAACUCAAAGGUUUUACAGACACCAACUUCAAUUCCUUCAAACUGAUGCAGUUUGUCGUUGGUAGAUACGGUUCCGUAGAUGAAACUGGAAUUCUUACAGGAUUUCUUACAGCAAACUUAUUUGAUCCGAAUACUCUGGCUCAAGGUGAUUUCCACAAAAUGAUUAGCGGUCUUUACGAUUUCGUCAAUACUGUUGUGUUCAAAGCUCCAGUUUUAAAAUUAGCUCAGUUUUGUGCAUCAGUCAACCCCCGACAAACUUGGCUAUAUACCUUUGACUACGAAGGAGAGCACACAAGGUUUGGCUAUGGUGCAGAUACUUCAAAGUAUCCGUUUAAAGGUGGAGCGGCCCAUUCUGAUGACAACAUUUACCUUUUCCCUUGGCCAGAUAGUGUUGCCAAACUCAACCAAGAAGACACGAAAAUUGCAAAGAAAAUGGUAGAAUUAUGGACGUCAUUUGCAACUAAUGGAAUACCGUCAUGUUCCGAUGGUCCCUUAUGGCCUCCGAUGGAAACACCUAUUGGACCAUACCUUCACAUUGAUAGAACAUUAUCAGUUGGACAAAAUUUUCACGAUGAAUUCACCGUGAUAUCCAGAGAAGAACAAUGCUAUAAGGAGAAUAAGUCAUCUCUCUAAUACAGGAAUUUUGUUGAUGAUAUUGAUGGUGAUGUACUAGACAAAAAAUCUCUCCAUGCAGCCGAUAAAUUGAAUUCUAUAGAGACUAUGUGUGUAGCAUUUGUCUGUAUAAAUAAAUUUAGCACAUAUAGAUAGUGACUGGUCUGGUCAGUUAGUAUGAGAAUCAAUAAAUCAAUCACAAAAGAUAA